AUAAAAUAUAUGUACUUUCAGCCUUUCACUUCAAUUCCCUAGCUCAACAAACAACAAACUAUGAAUCAAAACAUAUAUCUCUUUAUUUCAUAAUCAUUUCCAUAAAUUACACCCUCAAAGGUUUUCCACUUCUUAAAUCCCUUUUUAUCAAAUGGAUGUCUUUAUAUCGGAAGAGUAUAUCAACCGCCGGAGAUUGGAGAAAAAAGCUGCCACCGUUGCCGGAAAAAGCAUGAGGUUUGGCUCAGCUUCAAGCAAGACACCAGAGAAGAGAAAUAGUUACCCUCGGAUAUCGGAAUCUCCGCCAGAUAAUGAGUUCCGGGUCACUGGCGGGGGUGUUUAUGAUAGCUUUGCCUUUGUGUUCCACUGCUUCUCGCCGUAAAAAAAACAAAGCGUUUGUGUUUAGCGAUCAAAAUGCAUGCGCAAUAGUAUAUGCAUGGGAACUUUAUUAGUUGUAGCUCUCGUUUUUCUAACAUUUACUUGAAAAAAUAAUUCUUCUUAACACUGUUUUUCUGAAUGAUGGAUAGAAUUUCAUGUUUACCAAAUAAGUGGAUAGGCCCAAU